AUGGGGGAGAAAAGGAAUCUGUUCCAUUGAGUACCUCAGAUGAGAAGCUAGGUGAUUUUUAUGAACCAGAACCUCAGAAGAUUUGGUUUGAAGACCACAGGACAAUUUUCAGCCAAUGAUACCAGAUAUCGGCGGGCCUCGGAGCGCGUUCGCGUCGUGCGGGCCCCGGCAUGGGCCUCCUGAGCGGGGCGGCUCGCGCCCUGGUGAGGGGCGCGGACCGAAUGAGCCAGUGGACCAGCAAGCGGGGCCCGCGCACCUUCUACAGGAGCCGCGGCGCCCAGGACACCGGCUUCCGCGGCCGCGACGGCAGGUUCGUGCAGGUCAAGGAGAUGGUCCCGGAGCUGGUGGUGCCCGAUCUUGCCGGCUUCAAGCUCAAGCCCUACGUGAACUACCGCGCCCCGGAGGGCACCGACGCGCCGCUGACGGCCAAGCAGCUCUUUCUGGAGACGGCGGCACCUGCUAUCGAGAAGGACUUCGAGGCCGGGACUUUCGACCCCGAGCGCCUGGAGAAGUACGGCUUCGAGCCCACGCAGGAAGGCAAGCUCUUCCAGCUGUACCCCAAGAACUUCCCGCGCUAGGAGCAGGCAGCGGCGGCGGGCGGGUGUGCCUGCGACCGAGGACUUCGACCGACCCUCCUGGCCGAGCCCAGUUCCGGGGUGGCGGGUGGGGAGGCGUUUCCCUCGUCCCGUUUCUAUUAAAGACCUUGGCUGCC